GAUCUUCAGCUGAAGCCUCGUUUCCACUGAGCGGUUUGGUCCGCAGGUUUUCCUGCUUGCACACCCCACAGACAAAUGGUACUGCUGCAGGCGGCCUUUGGUUUCCAAUGCUCAGGUGGUCGGCCAGAUAUCUGACGUUAAACAUCAAUGCAAAGUGACUGUGUGAGGAAUCUUCUGAGGCACAGCUGUUUGGGAUUUGGCAACAGAUUGUAAACUGAUCCUGGAUUUAGGAAAAGGAGGAACUUUGUGCCACUACAUGCUGUAAUUCCUGUAAAUAAAUGAGAAAUCUUGCAUCCAAACCAUUGUUUGGUUUUCCCUCUCCAGACAUUCUGAGCAGUCUUGGACUGUCGGCAGCUAAUUCAGGAUUAGCAUGGACUCAGAGCUAACGGAGGCUAACGGAGGCUAACGGAGGCAGUGGGCUUGGGGACGAAGCAAUCAGCUUGAGGACCAGAUUCUUUACACACAGCUCUGAUCUCACUGUGGAACCAGAUACUCUGGUUGUUCAUCACUUUGUGUUUCUGUUCUUCGUCUCUCACUGUAACCAACAGAUUUCCAUCUCUAAGAUCUUAAUGUCAGAUCUCCACACUUCUUUUUUAAUUCUCUCAACAAUAUUUUAUAUUAUAUCAACUCAGAGCCAACAGACUGAGUUAAACACCUUCAUCCUCCUUCCUAAACUUUACGAUUAAUUUAGAUUCCUCCCUAUUCUCUUCUUCAUCAUUUUCAUCUGAACUAUUUCCUGCCAGACUCCUUUUACUACUUUGUGUCUCUGAUAAAUUAUUUUCUUCUCGUUGUCUUCCUGGUCCUCUACCACCUGAACUGGAUUCCAGUCACAAACCAGUUUUAAACCAGCCGCCCCAGAUCAGCGAUUUUCGUCGAUUCUGCGUCAAUCCUCUCCACUCGUCGAUCAUUCAUGACCUGUCAUGUGAAAAGCACAUCAGCUUCUCAGAAAAGGGAAGUGUCAACCCACUGACCUCCUUGAUUGGUGUGUCACAGCUGAAGCUCCACCUGCUGACAAACCACAGAGUCGAACUUCCUGUUAAACCGUCUGCAGCUUCCACUCUGACACUUCUUUGCUUUAUUUCCUCUCUAUGUGCAUCUAAUGCUGCCAGUUACACAUUUCAAGGCUGAUUUCUGAAACAUGAGCAGGAAAAAGACAUUUCAGUCUCAGUUCAGCUGCAGGAGCUGCUCUUCCUCCUCUGUUCUCAACGCAACCACCAGGGGGCGCUUCGUUAGGUUCAGCUGCUGCUGAACCGUCCAAGUUCUGUUGAGAACAGUCAGAUCUGAGGAGUCGGCUGGAGAUGAAGUGAUGAGAUAGAAACAGCAGGAGGAAGAAGAAGAAGAAGAAGAAGAAGUGGGAGGAGGUCCGACAAGAGGAGCGGCGACUUCUGCAUCAGCCGUUGCAACAGAGACAGACAGCAGGAAGCACACGACACCCUGAACGUCACUCUGCUUCAGCAGCCAGACCCAUUGGACCGGAGCCACCAGAGACCGGUCAGAACCGAAACACGGGUCCAACAGAACCAGAGCAGAACCAGAAGAGCUGCAGGAGGAAGAAAGCAGAAGUUUAAAGAGGUAAAAGGAGAAGACAGUGGAGACAGACGAAACCCAGACCUCUGACCAGAACCAGAACCAGGGAGGAGGUGCAGAAAGCCUGAGGACGGUGGAGCAGCGGGUGGAGCAGCGGGUGGAGCGCGAUGGAGGAGGACAUCAGGAAGCAGGGGAUGCUCUUCCUCCAGCAGCAGCGUUUCGGGAAGAAGUGGAAGCGGGUGUGGUGCGUCCUGUACCGGGAGAGCUCCUGCUCCAUCUCCAGGAUGGAGUUCUUUGAGUGUAAAGACGGAGGCAACGUGGAGAAGAACGACAAGACUCUACGCAAGCAGCAGGAGAGCAAGAAGGUGAUCCGGCUGGCGGACUGCAUCCGGGUCUCGGAGGUGGAGGUGGACGGCGGGCCGCGCGACACCGGAGCCUUCCUGGUGGAAACCACGGAGAAGAUCUUCGUGUUCGCCGCGGAUCGGAACCAGCUGGACGACUGGACCCGCCGGCUGUGUGAGGUCGCCUUCCCUAUGAGCUGGACGGAGGGCGGAGCCAAGAGAGGCAGCCUGCAGAGAGGAAACCGGGUGGAGGAGGAGGAGGGCAUGGAGGACAACUCCCUGUACAGCGGCCGAGAGAAAGUGCGGGACUUCAAAGUAUCUGUCCGGAGGACGGACGCGUCGGAUCGGUGCCGGCUGAAGGGGGACGGUGUCCUGAAAGCUGAUAUGGACGCUCUGCACCUGAUGGACAAGACGGGGGACAUCCUGUACACCUGGCCGUACAGGUACCUGCGGCGCUUCGGACGGGACAAGUCCACCUUCUCCUUCGAGGCGGGUCGCAGGUGUGACUCCGGCGAGGGAAGCUUCGAGUUCGACACCAAGCAGGGAAACCUGCUGUUCCAGGCCGUGGAGGCCGCCAUCAACCUGCAGAAGAUCUCCCUCCCCCACAGACAGACCUCUGGAGGGGGCCCGAUGCCUCCAGAACCCGGCCCCAACCACCACAACCUCACCCUGCCAGCCCCACCCGCUAACCCCGCGCUGGGCCACAGCCGGCCGCCGCCGCAACAGAAGCAGCCCCGCGUCCAGGUCCAACAGGUCCAACAGGGUGAUGAAGGUGUGUACAGCAUGGUGACGGAGCCUCAACACCUGCAGAAGAUCCAUAACAAAGAUGCUGAGAGCUCCAACUCUUCACAGCAGCAGCGCCCCCAGCUGGCGUGUCUGGAGCCUCCGGUGGAUAAAAUGCUGACCGGCGUGAAGAGUUUGACCCUGGACACCCGCGGCCUCCCGGCCCCCAGGAAGAGCCAGGUGAAGAUGAUCUCCAGCUGCCCGUUGCCCAACGCCAGCCCCGAAUCGGGCGGCAGCCAGCUGCCUGGCCCCGCCUCCAGCGCUCGCCUCAGCCCCAAACUCGGCUCCAACCCCAACCUGGAGCAGACCUACUCCCAGAUCAGCUUGGCGGACGUCGCUGGGCGCGCCGCCAAGAAGGACAAGAAGGGCAAGAAGGGCAGCGGCGCUGCGGUGACGGGCAGGGAUCCAGACUACUCGCUGCCCUUCGACACGCUCUCCUCCAACAUCUUGUCUGACAUCCUGGCGGCGGAUCAGGGCGGUCCGGGUGCUGACCCGCUCUACGACAGCAUCGAUGAGCUGAAGAUCCGGAACAUCUUCCGGAGUGAAGCCAGGACAACAGACGCCACGUACGGGAAGGUGGACCACAUCUACGACGAGCCCGAAGGUUGCGCGGUGGCCACAGGGCCGCCGGCCGCGCCCCACCCCUCAGUCUACGACGACCCAGAGGAGAUGAGAGGAGACGCCUGGAGGAUCAUGGGUACAUCUGUCGACCCCAAAGGCCACGAGUAUCCGUACAACCCCCGCGUGGACGACUACGCCGUGCCCAGGAGGCCCAAGAGGGCAUUUGCUUCCCAGAAGAGCAUCGCUAGUGAAGAAGAGGAGGAGCAGAAACAGGAGGAGGAGCCGCAGGAGGAGGAGGAGGGAGAUGAAGAGCAGGAGCUGGAGGAGAAACAGUUUUCACCAUACGACAACCUGGUCGUUAAAAUGGCCUAAAGGGGACAGAGCAGCUGUUUCAUCCACCGAUUGCCUGGCUGGAAGGAGGAGCUGAAGAAACUUAUUUACGCUUUAUUAAGCAGCUUCCAAGUAGAAGGAGCUGCAGCUGCUGCCCAGCAGACUGCAAACAUCUGAAAAACGGCAGCUGGAGGUUGACAUGAAGCCGCUGUUGUUGUGUGACUGCUAACCUCUGCAGCUAACCAGCUAUGCUAAAGUAAAUAUUUCCUGUGUUCGUCUAAUUUUGAUCCGUUUCAUUGAUGUCUUCAUGCUGUAGUUGGUGUUGUGAUGUCAUUAAACAGAACCGAUGAAGCUUCAA